CAGAGGAAAAUGAGGCGAAUCUUCUGUUUGCACGCAGACCUUGGUAUUAGGGUUAAGGUUAGUCAGAGGAGAGAGAGGGAAAGGGAGAGACACACGGAGCCGGCUCGGAGGUAAUAAUGUCUGUGAAACCGUCUCUGUCCUCAUUCAGUGGAAUUCUCCACAUCCAACGGUGCGCCUGACUGAAGGGGCUUCUCCGUGAUAUUUACUACAGUAGGCUACGACGCACAGCGCUGGUUGCGUCGUAUAGUUUUGGCGCAUGGCAAGGGCACCAGGAAUGGUUAGGGAAAACAAUUUCUUCCCGUUGUUCAGACAAUAGAGAAUUAAAUCAGAAAGACUCCCGGGGCGGUAUAAUGGUUUGACAUUUUAGAAAGGAAUAGCCUUUUUUUUAAUUUUUUUCCCAACGUGGGCGCACGCAUAGUCAGAGAUGCCAAGCAGCAAGCCAGGGGCACUUGAAGAGGAUGAAGACUUAAAAUAUGAGUGGACUGGACCUUCUUUUAUGAAAUAUUAUCCAAACGAAAAAUAAUUUACAUUUUCUCAACGAGGAGGAGGUGUGGCACCGCCGCAUGUCCGAUCAGCUGUUGGUGGCACAUGGAUGGAUGACUUUUGUCCGAAGAUACAGAAAGCGAAGAGCCCAUGUAACUUUAUAUAGGUCACACGCGAGUACCACAUAUUAUAACUCAUAUCGCCUUUAGCAGACUUGACCUGCGCUCUUGUGGAAUUUGGGGAGGCAUUCAGGUGCGCUCCAUGUUUUGUUUCGGACACACCGGUACCGGCGGUACCUGCGGGACAUAAAGAGCAGUUGGGACUUGAAAGCAGCGUUGGGCUGUGGGCCAGUGAUGCCGGACACAUUCACACUCAUAAAGAACCGGACGGAGCCACGGCUGUGGCAGCUAGAGCGCACACUGGCCACGGAGGGGAGCGCCCGCCCCGCCUGGGUCAUAGCAGUCCUGGCCAGCGUUUUGAUCUUCACCACGGUGGUAGACGUGCUGGGGAAUCUGCUGGUGAUCAUCUCGGUGUUCAGGAACCGCAAAUUGAGGAACUCUGGUAAUGUAUUUGUGGUGAGUUUGGCCUUUGCUGACCUUGUGGUAGCCUUCUACCCCUACCCCUUGGUUCUCUAUGCUCUCUUCCAUGACGGAUGGGCACUGGGAAACACGCAAUGCAUGGUCAGCGGUUUCCUUAUGGGGCUGAGUGUCAUCGGUUCCAUUUUCAACAUCGCUGGGAUUGCAGUGAACAGAUACUGCUAUAUCUGUCAUUCAUUCUCCUACAGUCGGCUGUACAGCUUUCGCAACACUCUGAUGUUUGUUGCCUUAAUUUGGGUGCUCACAGUGAUGGCCAUUGUCCCCAAUUUCUUUGUUGGCUCCCUGCGCUACGACCCGCGGGUCUACUCCUGCACCUUCGCCCAGAAUGUCAGCCGUUCAUACACAGUGACGGUGGUUGUGGUUCACUUCUUGGUGCCAAUUGCAGUGGUUACCUUCUGUUAUCUACGCAUCUGGGUACUUGUGAUUCAGGUGCGACGUAAAGUGAAGACAGAGGAGAGCCCACGCCUCAGACCAAGUGACUUGCGGAAUUUCAUCACAAUGUUUGUGGUCUUUGUGCUGUUUGCCAUCUGCUGGGCUCCACUUAACCUGAUCGGCUUGGCGGUGGCCAUAGAUCCUUCUCAUGUGGCUCCCCGCAUCCCAGAGUGGCUUUUUGUGGUCAGCUACUUCAUGGCCUACUUCAAUAGCUGUCUGAAUGCCAUCAUCUAUGGCUUACUCAACAGGAAUUUCAGGAACGAGUACAAACGCAUUAUCACUUCUGUCUGGGUGACUCGGCUUUUUGUGACAGAGACUUCGCGACCAGCCACGGACGGCAGGAGCAUGAGGAGCAAGCAAACGCCGCCUCCGCCGCUCAACAACAACGAGUCGGUCAGAGAUCGUUCAAACAAAGAAUGACAUCUGUAAUCCUUGAGCCUGUUAAAUGGUAAUUCCUGUUUUUUGUGACAUCCAGUCAGUUGUGCAGCUAAAGAGUAUCAAGUAACGGAUGAAACUAAAUGACAUGGCUUGGUUUUCUGUUAGCUGACAUCGAUCUGGUCUGAUCGUGUAGGUAAACAUGUUUACAUCUGUGAAGAAGUUUUUUCUAAGUUGUGAAAAAAUAAUAUAAUAAUAUAAGUUCUUGAAAGUUUAUCAUUAGGAGGAUUAACUCAACAACUUUGCUAAAGUGCUAAAUAAGGCCGAGUGUCCUCUGUGAUGUUGAUAUGUUGUUACGUCCUGGGAGAACGAAGCCAUGCAUUGCAGUUUCAUUUUGCUUGUACUCUAAAAACAAUCUGAAUGGUACAUUAAUAUAUCAUAAAAAAUGUAAUAUCCUUUAUGGUCUGCUGCUGUAAACUCUGCGUAUUUCACAAAACGGGGUAGCAACUGGUAAACGCAGGCUACACCUCUCUUUAGUAACUUCAAAAGCCUCAAAAUGUACAACUCGCCUCAACUGAAUGCUAGAUUUGUAGAGAGGAGAUAAUGUCAGUCUGUCUGAUGGAGUUUGGCGUGGUGACAGUAAUGUGACGGAAGCAUAUACUUCAUGCUGCCUGGUCUGACCCUCUUGCACUGCAAAACACUUUGAACAAAAACUUAGUAAUGAACAUAAAACAUUGAUUUAGAAAAUCAGCACAAAGUAAGUCACUAGCACCACAACAUGUAAGAUGAACCAACUAACAAACAAAACCAAAACAAGUGGUGCCUGUGAUGUAGCAGGCCGAGGAGCCAUAUACUGUAUCUACUAUUGCUGCUGUAACUCCAUCGUUCUCCAUAUCACCUCCUAAUACUCCUCAACUGCUGCAGUUUGACCAUUUUGUAACGUUAUCGUAAUUCUAACGUAUAGGUCACUGUGGCUGCAAGUAACGCCUCCCUUGAUACUCCCGUGUGAAUAAAAAAUGUUUUCUUACAAUAUGAGAAGAAAUAACCAGCCUUUUUCCUGAAAGGGAACAUGUUGAUUUAAUAUUAAGAUAUUCUUAAAAAAGUUUUUCUUCCUCCCUAAAUAUUCCAUUAAUUGAAUAAUGUUGACUCAUACUUUUCUGAUAUUCUGCAAUAGGAGUGCAACAUGAGUUUUAUACAGGGUACAAAAUAUACUGUACCACUCUUUAAAGAUGCUUCAUCACGUAAAUAUAGCAUAUACAGCGUAUGAUCAUGAGAUGGAAAUUUGCAGAAAUAUUCAAACAACAGUCUGUAACCAAAGGUAUAAAUCUGUAGAGACAGGGUUACACUGGCAAGAAGACAAAAUAAAUAUGAAUUCACGGUAAACCUACAAUGGAGGGCACAAUUUGAUUUAGAGAACACCAGUGGUGGAACGUUUGUACUCUCUAAGUACAAUUUUGAGAUACUUGUACUGAAAGUGCUUCAAGUAUAUAUGUAGAUGCUGAUACUUUCGUUCUUUUACUUAAGUACUUCUUCCACCAGUGGAGAACACCCAGAGUGCAGGUCAGCAUGACUUCAUACCCUGAUGCCAACAUAAUAACAAAAUCGCUCAAUAUAAAACAUAAAAAAUAGCCGAGUUCAACAGCAUGUAUGAUUCUUUAUGCACGCUAACACUUUGCUAUGCAAUUGGAAACAGUGGUUGUCAUGACCCAAUAUCAGCUGCACGUAAAUAUCCUAUCCAGCUAACUGAGAUAGUCUCUCACCUUAGUACAUCCAUGCAUCCUACCGAUUCACUUUAAAAGCAUGCUGCUCCCAAGGCCACACAGCAGGCCAACAAAAGGACUACGAUACCAGUUCAGGAUGUUCUCCUGCCUUCUAUGAUAGAAAGCCUGCAGCCCCUGGAAAGAAAAGGGGAUAAAUACUUUUACUGAAUGUGCAGCAAGCAAUAUAGAAUGGGCAAAUGCUCCUCUGCCUCCUACAUCAUAUGCAGAAUGUGGUAGUCUUAUGCAGUGGUGAUUCUUAUUCUUCAUUCUUAAAUACUUAUGCAAAAUGUUUGCUUUCCAUCUCACAAGUAAUGUAAUCUUUGUUAUUAAUUUAUUUUUUAUAUAUAAAAACCCUUUUUGAUGCUUACACUGUGGAAAAACAAAAAGAGUUCAUUAUAGGGGAUUGUAUUUAGUGUUUAGGAGUUGUUGUGUCACUUGGUUGUAUUUGAUCUGACAGAAGAGGGAACUUCAUUGCCUCUUAAUUGAAUAGAGUGUUGAAAGAUGUCGAUUGUUGAGAAGGUACAGCUCAUAUCUGUAUUCCCAUCUCAGGGUGCCUACCGAACAUUUUCUUACGCCACACUGUUUGCAGUUGAUUAGCUGCCAUAUAAGGGAGCCUUUCAUAGGGAUAUUUUGUAAAUUACUGUGAGUGUGGUUUUUAACUGUGGUAUAUUGUUAUUGGAGAUGUAUUAGAAAUGUGUGUGUG